CCUCAGCCGCACGGAUCGCGGCGCGGUGCUUGCUGGGUAGCAAUUCCUCCACGUGACACCCAUCUUCCCCCUUAUCAUGGCCACCGUAGCCGUUGUACUGUAACUGCGGUCUCGUCUGAGCUCCUCUUCCUCUUCUCCAUAAACACCCUUCUCGUCAUGGCUCCUAAAUCUAAAGUACUGCAGACUUUCCCCGCCGUGCCCUCUGGCCGCUCUGUGUCCGGCGCCGCCAGUCGCCCGUCGCGUUCCACUCCCUACUCUCGUCCGGCCUCCCAGGAACCGGUCGAGUCCGCUGCUGCUGGCAAAAGUGCAGAUGCCCUUCGCAACAGCAAAAGCGACGAGGAGCGAGCACAACAGUACCAGGCCUUUGUUGCCCGCACAGACGACCUUCCCUGUGGCCCCCUCUCACCGUCGGGGGAGGAGGAUCUUUACUCCAUGCCUGACGGGGGGAAACCUCCUCCCGAGGCCUCUUCUGGAGUUGACGAGCACGAAGCGACCGGCUCUAUCCACCAUGAAGGCACUGCUGCUUCUCAGCUUGUCUCGCAGGUCGCCGAUUGGGUCGCGUUUGUCGCUGCGGACCCCUAUCUCAAUGGCUCAGAUAAGGUGGUCGACCCCCUCUGCUGUUGGAGCCGCCCAAAGGAGCACCAUGGCAAUGGACCGAAUCUCUCGAUGGAGCCAGCUGGUGCGCCCACCAUUCCCUUUGCGGAUCUUCCUCCGCAUGAACCGCCGGGGCUUGGCGAUCGCGGAGUACCGACUCGCUUCGCGACCGAGUUCAAGAGCAAGAGUAAAAGCAGCGCAGGAUCUUAUCUCAAGGCUGCAUCAUCCCUUCCUAUCCCUAUUGGAGAAGUGCGGUUCGCGUGCCACCCUUCGCUGAAAUUUGGCGACACUAGCAAGCACCUCGUUGAUUACUCGUGCGAGAUUGCCGUCCGGCUUUGUGAUCAUGUUAAGGCCGAUGUGUCCAAUGCCAGCAAAGAAGCUUUCCUCCAGAAUGUCAUUCGCCUCUUUUGUUUUAACAAGGGCGCCCUUCGUCUCGUCGAUAUCGUGUAUCCUUGCAACGCCCCCAACCUAAGCAACCUUGAUCUUGUUGUGGGUGGCCGCGCAGCCGUCUUCAUUGGCUACGGCCCUCGUUGUGCAGCCCAUCACGCCGUCGUCGGCCUUUGGGUUCCUUCCGGUCCACAUUUCGACUUUCAGCAGCUGGCACACGCCCUCAACGACAGAUUCAAGCCCUAUGCGGAAGUCAUCGACCUUUGGGCCAUCCGCUACAUAGCGGAAAAUCCGCCAUCUAAGCAGCAUACUGAUGCCCCGAUCUGGAUCGGUGAGGUCCGCGCUCUCAUUGAGGUGCACUCUCCUGCAGGUCAACUUGCGACAAAGUUUACGCAGAAGGAGUACCUGCAGUACCUCCCUGGAUACCUCAGAUGGGGGGACAGAUCCGUCCGACUGUCAUUCCUGCACCGUUUUCCGCACUGCACCUUCUGUCGAGCAGACUACGAGGACGGUCCCACACCCUUUGCACGUCACGAGAGGUGGGAAUGCACCAGGGCCGUCUGUGGCCGCUAUAGGCGCCCAGUCCACUAGGCUCGCAGCUGUCCCAGCUGCACAGACAAGUGAGGACCCGAUGCUGGCCGUCGGUAGUAUGUCUUAAG